AACCUUCUUCCGACCUUCUCUCAACCUUCUAUGCGUUGUGCCACAGUACGCCAUCGCAUAACCUCCAAACCUCCAGCCUGGAUUCCUCGUCGUCGCAGCAUCCAUACGAUCAAUCCCGUGCUGCGUAGUGACUUUGACACGGCACAUGUGACUUCGUGACCGCUUCGUCUCAUAGGGUGAACCUAUCGCAGGACUUGCCAUUAGCCCCGAUCACAUCCACAGACUCUCUCCCAUGGUGCCCACACCCAAGCCAACGGAGGAUAUCCGCUUACGUCGUCUGGACCGUCGUUCAAAGGAGAGUGUAGAGAAGCAAAUAUCGCUAGCCGAGACCAUAUCACCCUUGGAUACCUAUCCACCAUUACUGCGCAUCCCAUCUGAAAUCCGGAGAGAGAUCUUCCGGUACGUCUUACCAUCGUCAAACAAACGCUUCAUUCUGUACACCGACUGCGACUCUCGAUCCAUCAACAGAAAAUGGAACAAGAACUGCCGCCCACAUCCAGAUAGACAUUUGACUCUGGACAUUCUGCGAACGAACCGCCUGAUCUAUCACGAAUGCCUGCAAAUCAUCUACUCAGAGAACCAGUUCCAUUUCUAUGCAUUUAAUUAUCUACCUGUUCUCGACUUCAUACGCCAUCUCAGUCCUGAAGCGAAGAACCAAGUCCGCAAUGUGCGGCUUACGCCUUUGACGGAUAAGCAGGAUGAUCCGCCGGCGUCGCACGAUGUCUUCUGUACUGUCAUGCAUGACUCUUUACCUGGACUCAGCCAACUACAGGCAGAUCCCGUUAUCUUCUUCUAGGAGGACGGCCAGCCUUUCCUUCAAUUCCAGUUUUCCGUCUGUCCAGUCGUCGCAUCUAGGUACAUAGGCGAAUCUACGAGGAUGUGACCUUGCGUAUAAGGCAUAUAUGAGACAUUAGCCGAUUCGAUCA